AUGAGGAAGCCCGUGGAGUGCCCGGCGACGAAGUGCAGCGGUGGGGCGGCGCCAGGAAACAGCAAUGUGGCUGCAGCGGCGGCGAAGCUGCGGAAGGGGCUGUGGUCCCCGGAGGAGGACGAGAGGCUGGUGGCGUACAUGCUGCGGAGCGGGCAGGGGUCGUGGAGCGACGUGGCACGCAACGCCGGCCUGCAGCGGUGCGGCAAGAGCUGCCGCCUCCGGUGGAUCAACUACCUCCGUCCGGACCUCAAGCGCGGCGCCUUCUCGCCACAGGAGGAGGACCUCAUCGUCAACCUCCACGCCAUCCUCGGCAACAGAUGGUCUCAGAUCGCAGCCAGGUUACCGGGGCGCACCGACAACGAGAUCAAGAACUUCUGGAACUCCACUAUCAAGAAGCGGCUAAAGAUGAACUCGGCGGCUUCGUCUCCGGCGACCACGGAAUGUGCGUCACCCCCCGAGCCCAAGCUCGACGGCGGCAGUGCCAGCUGCCUCGACCUCACCAGCCUAGAGGAUGGGAGCCACCACGGAAUGAAGAGCAUGUGGCGGAUCGACUCAUCCUCCUCCCCCUCUUCGUCAUCGUCCAUACAGCAGCAGAGCCGACCGUCAACAAUGGCUCCGGCGGCAAACAGGGGCUAUGGGGGCCUCCUCCUGCCCCUCCCGAACCAAUUCUGCGGCGUCGCACCUUCUACCGACACGUCGGUGCCGCCGUUCUUCCACGACCAUUCAUCGUUUAAGCAGGUUUCUCCCUUGCGGACUGGUGGCUACUACCCCCACGGAAUGGCAAUGGAAAGAGGAGGCGGUUCCUGCUUCACGGGAGAAGAAGCUGUAGGCGGAGGAGGCGAACAUAGUGUCCUCUUCAACGUGCCACCUCUACUAGAGCCCAUGGCAGUAACAUUGCAAGACCAAACCUUAAUGGCAGCAACUGGUAACAGCGACGACAACCAUAGAAACAUUAACAGUACUGCUGAGGGCACCACACUGAGCAGCAAAAAUGGCUGCAACAUCAAUGACGACAACAACAGCAAGAACAACAUCAACAGUGUGGUCUCGUACUGGGAGCAGCAUGGCCACCAGCAGCACAUGAGCAGGAACGUAGUCAUGGGGGAGUGGGACUUGGAGGAGCUGAUGAAAGACGUGUCAUGCUUGCCUUUCCUUGAUUUCCAAGUUGAGUGA